GUGGCGCGCGCCUGCUCAGUACGCUCGGGUUGGCGGCGGUGCACCGGCCGCUCUGGUUCCUCCGAGUCUCCUCAGGGCUUUCGGCCCGGUAGGGGAGGCAUGGAGCCGGUGGGCGGUGGCGGCGGCUCCUCCUCCACAGACCCACGAAGCACUUACGUGCUGAGUAACCUUGCGGAGGUGGUGGAGCGUGUGUUCACCUUCCUGCCCGCCAAGGCGCUGCUGCGGGUAGCCGGAGUGUGCCGCCUGUGGAGGGAGUGUGUGCGCCGAGUGCUGCGGACCCAUCGCAGCGUGACCUGGAUCUCCGCGGGUGUGGCGGAGGCCGGCCACCUGGAGGGACAUUGCUUGGUCCGCGUGGUAGCUGAGGCGCUUGAGAAUGUUCCCAUCUUACCACGGACAGUUCUCUACAUGGCAGAUUCUGAGACUUUCAUUAGCCUGGAAGAGUGUCGUGGCCAUAAAAGAGCGAGGAAAAGAACUACCAUGGAGACAGCGUUUGCCCUUGAGAAGCUGUUCCCCAAGCAGUGCCAAGUCCUUGGGAUUGUGACCCCGGGAAUUGUAGUGACUCCAAUGGGAUCUGGUAGCAAUCGACCUCAGGAAAUAGAGAUUGGAGAAUCUGGUUUUGCUUUAUUAUUCCCUCAAAUUGAAGGAGUGAAAAUUCAGCCCUUUCAUUUUAUUAAGGACCCCAAGAAUUUAACACUUGAAAGACACCAACUUACUGAAGUGGGUCUUCUGGAUAACCCUGAGCUUCGUGUGGUCCUUGUCUUUGGCUAUAACUGCUGUAAGGUGGGAGCCAGUAACUACCUGCAUCGAGUAGUCAGCACUUUCAGCAACAUGAAUAUCAUCUUGGCUGGAGGCCAGGUGGACAACUUGUCUUCACUGACUUGUGAGAAGAAGCCUCUGGAUAUUGAUGCCACGGGUGUGGUUGGACUGUCAUUUAGUGGGCACCGAAUCCAGAGCGCCACAGUUCUCCUCACUGAGGAUGUGAAUGAUGACAAGACUGUCGAAGCAGCCAUGCAGCGCCUCAAGGCAGCCAACAUCCCCGAGCAGAACACCAUUGGCUUCAUGUUCGCAUGCGUUGGCCGGGGCUUUCAGUACUACAGAGCCAAGGGGAAUGUUGAAGCCGAUGCCUUUAGGAAGUUUUUUCCCAGUGUCCCCUUGUUUGGCUUCUUUGGAAAUGGAGAGAUUGGAUGUGACCGGAUAGUCACUGGGAACUUUAUACUGAGGAGAUGUAAUGAAGUGAAGGAAGAGGAUCUAUUCCAUAGCUACACAACCAUCAUGGCGCUCGUUCACCUGGGGACCAACAAAUAAGCUGCCUUGGUGAGAGUGGUUUUCAGUGUGUAACUUUGGAAGUUUGCCUUUUUCAAAACCAUGAAGACUUGGGAUAUAAAUUUUUAGAAAAACUAGCUUUGUGUGUGUUUUUUUAGCUUUGAUUUGAUGCUCUGAAAUCACUUUGGGGUGAUUUUUAAUAUACAGAUGAAGGACAACUUCAUACACACAUAGGUCAAGAAGUAAGGCUGUUGUUAGGUGCAAGCAAAACUGCUGUGGCUGAACUGCACCAGGUUCUGUGACUGUGCAGAAGUGCCCUGAGAGGUUGACAAGGCCACCAGGAAGUUGGAGGUUUAAGACCUUGUAGUGGUUGAUGAACUUUUAGCAGAAUCAUGACUUUUUUUCUCCCCUAAUAAAGGAGAAAAUUAAAGAAAUGGUUUGAGAAGCCUGAUUACUGACGUUUUACUUUUCUGAUAAAGAACUAUCUUUGUUUUGGUGCUGUAUAAAGUUGCUCCUUUAAGUAAGUUAGCUUUUUGCUCUUCACAGUAAAGACACUGCAAGGGGAACAAUCUUUUUCACAUAGUUCUGAAAAUUAUGUCAUCAUAUUUUGGUUUUAUACCAAUAAAAUAUACUUAAACCCA